CAUCAGGAGAAUCACGUUUCGUUUUUGCAAUGUCUUGAUUAGAUGAUUAUUACGCACCUUGGAAGUAUCAUUUGGUUAAAGGGGUGGUUAGGGGGUUCGUGGUUAGGACAUAAGGUGGAAGGAGGAUUCUUCACUAGCACCGAUUAUUAAUAUUGCUGAUUUUGUUUUUGUUCCGCAAUAUGCACCAAGCGAUUGCUUUUAAGUUUUGCUUGUAUGUUUCUUUUUAACUUGCAUUUCUAUAAUAUGGACCAGAGGUUGUAUAUUGGUUGCUUGUGCUAUAUGUGUUUGUCGAUGAACUUAAAUCCAGUCUUAAUUUAACUUUAAUACCCAAUUUGUAAUUGUAACUUUAAACAUCAUAAAUUACCAAUAGUGGGCUGGCAGUUUAUGUUUCUUGUAUCUUGUAAUUGUAUGAUACAAGCGAGGGAUGACACAUAUGUGUAGUUUGUCUCUUGCUAUGGAUUAUUUGCUGGUGUAUUGUAAGGAUUUAUAUGCGUGGUGUAUGCCAGUAGCUUUUCGUUGUGGUUAAAUAGUUUAGUACUAGCAAUUAACUCAAUAUGUUUUUUUUAUUGUUUGAAAUAUAUAGUUAUGUAAAUUCCCUGUAAACAUGGUGGAAGAGGAGCCAAUGUUUGAAGAUGUAUAUGAACAAUAUGAAACUAUCGGAAAGGGACCAUUCAGCAUAGUACGACGAUGCAUUCACAAGGACACGCGUCAGCAGUUCGCUGUCAAAAUUGUUGAUGUUGCAAAAUUUACAUCAAGCCCUGGACUUAGCACACAUGAUUUAAAACGGGAAGCCAGCAUUUGUCAUCAGUUAAAACAUCCUCAUAUUGUUGAACUGAUCGAAGUUUAUAGCUCAAAUGGAUUUUUAUAUAUGGUUUUUGAAUACAUGGACGGUGCAGACUUGUGUUUUGAAAUAGUGAAGCGAGCUAACAUGGGAUUUGUUUACAGUGAAGCGGUCACAAGCCACUACAUGCGGCAAAUAUUAGAGGCUUUAAGGUAUUGUCACGAACACAAUGUCGUUCAUCGAGACAUAAAGCCUCAUUGUGUUUUGCUUGCUUCAAAAGAGAACUCAGCUGCCGUAAAACUCGGUGGCUUUGGAUUAGCUUUUCAAAUCGAAGACACUGGAAAUGGCUUCAUAACUGGUGGAAAUGUUGGCACGCCUCACUUCAUGUCACCUGAGGUUGUACAUGGUGAACCUUAUGGUAAACCAGUUGAUAUUUGGGGCUGUGGGGUGAUGCUAUUUAUUCUGGUCAGUGGAAGUUUGCCAUUCUGUGGCACAAGGGAGAGACUGUAUGAGUCAAUCACUCAUGGUCGUUACAAGAUGAAUCCUCGUCAAUGGGAGAACAUCAGUCCUUCGUGCCAGGAUCUGGUCCAGAGGAUGCUCACCCUCGAUCCCAAUGAGCGGAUCACGGUCUUCGAGUGUCUCAACCAUCCCUGGAUCAAGGAGCGAGAGAAAUACGCUCCAAAGAUUCAUCUUCAUGAGUCCGUUGAACAGCUGAGGAAGUUUAAUGCAAGACGGAAGCAUAAGGGUGCUGUUCUCGCUGCAGUCUCAAGCAUUAAAUUCACUUCAUUCUACAGUGAUCCACCACUAGAGGGAGAUGAUACGAUGUUGUUUGAAGAACAAGAUCCAACUUCAUCAGGUGCCGUUGCCCAUGUAUUGGAUAGCUUAGAAGAGGUGCAUGCAUUAUCAGAUGGUGCGAAAAACGACCUGGAAUUUCUGCAGAGCUUACUCGAUGACAAAUCCCUUCACAGCAUGCUCGAGCUCUACGAUCGCAUCAGCACCAAAGCUCAAUCGAAGCAUGUACUGCCACCUAGUGAUGCUGUAAACCACGCCAGAGAAGUGUUGACGCAGUUCAGCGAUUUCAGCAGCCCAACUUCAUUGGAACUCACUGCUUUACUCACCCAACCUCAUUUUAAGGGUCUCCUUCAAGCACAUGAUGUGGUGGCACAGGAAGUAUAUAGUGAUGAUGCUGUAAAGAUCACUCCUGCCCCUAGUGGCAAUCAAAUACACAACGGGACACCAAGUGACGAACCGCCGAGCGAGAACAAUGGAGGAGAGGUCACAGAGGUCACCAGGGUUCGAUUGGUUCAGUUUGUUAAAAAUACAAACGAGCCUUUGGUACACUUCAUGUCAGCGAUGAAAUUCGUGAAAUUAAUGGAGUUAAUGUCAGCAACCACACGAUUGAUAGUCUGCAGAAAAUGCUGAAAGAGCUACGAGGCAACAUUACAUUCAAGAUUGUACCAAGUUAUCGGCCUCCUCCCCCUUCAUGCGAGAUUUAUGUGAGAGCUCAGUUUGAUUACGAUCCUCGAUCCGAUGACUUGAUCCCGUGUAGAGAGGCAGGAGUCAAAUUCCAAACUGGAAACAUCCUCCAAGUUAUCAGUAAGGAUGAUCAUAACUGGUGGCAAGCCAGAGUGACUGGAACUCCUAAAAGCUCUGCUGGACUUGUCCCUUCACCUGAACUACAAGAAUGGAGAGUUGCAUGCCUCGCUAUGGAGCGCGCCAAAGAACAACAAAACUGCGGCAACUCAUGGUUUGGAAAAAAGAAGAAACCUCAGAAAGAUAAAUAUCUUGCCAAGCAUAAUACAGUUUUUGACCAGUUAGAUCUUGUUACCUAUGAAGAAGUGGUGAAGUUACCUUCUUUUAAAAGGAGAACGCUUGUUUUACUGGGAGCACAUGGUGUGGGGAGACGUCACAUCAAAAAUACUCUCAUUUCAACUCACCCUGAAAAGUUUGCUUAUCCAGUACCGCGUAAGUUUUGUAAAUUCAUUGUUAGUUUCAUUAUUACUUUGACUAUCAAAGCUGUGAUUUUUUUGCAUUUUUUUUUUUCAGAAUCUGUAUUUUUAUGAAACUUUGGUGGUACCUAUAUAUCAUAUUUGAAUAUCUCCAUUGAUAUAAACUUUUCGAUAUUUUGGUGGUAUGCCACUCCAAAUCCAACAUAUUGUGCUUUAGUACCAGCAAACAUAAGACCAUCUUGAAUAUGUUUGUUUGUAACAGCCGUGGCGAAGUGGUUAGUGCGCCUGCCUGUUAUCAAUAGGUAUUGGGUUCAAGGCUCGUCGCUGCUACUUUUGUGGGCGUGUGUGUCCUUGGGUAAGACACUUAACGGCAAUUGCUCCAAUUCAAUGGUCACUAAUGGGUU